AUGUCAAGAACGAGCAAGAAAAAAACAGCACCGAAAGCUGGAGGUGCAUGGCCUUUCAUCGGCCAUUUGCAUCUAUUAGGAGGGCCACAACCAGCGCACAUAGUUUUAGGCAACAUGGCCGACAAAUAUGGUCCAGUCUUCACCAUUAAGAUGGGAGUGCAUCGAGCAUUAGUUGUAAGCAACUGGGAGAUGGCCAAGGAAUGCCUAACUACCAACGACAAAGCCUUCGCUAAUCGUCCGAAAUUUCUAGCCGGUCAGAUUUUGGGUUACGAUGGUGCUAUGUUUGGGUUUAGUCCAUACGGCCCUUACUGGCGUCAACUGCGCAAGACAGUCACACUGGAGCUUCUCUCAAGCCAUCGACUCAAACUGCUAAAAAGCGUAAGAGAAUCCGAGGUAAAGGUGUCUCUAAAGGAGCUGUACAAACAUUGGGAUCGGAAGAAAAGUAGCUCAGAGGUGCUGGUAGACAUGAAGAGUUGGUUUGGAGAUAUAACCAUUAAUGUUAUUUGUAGGAUAAUUGUUGGUAAAUCUAUGGGAUAUGCCACCACAAAUGGGGGUGACGAAGAUGGUACCGAAUCCUGGAAAAAACAAUUGAGAGAAUUUUUUGAUUGGACAGGGAGGUUUGUGGUGUCUGAUGCGCUACCAUUUUUGAGGUUUUUAGAUAUUGGGGGACAAGUGAGGACCAUGAAGAAGAUAGCAAAAGAUUUAGACCAUUUUGUUGAAGGUUGGUUAGAGGAGCAUAGGCAGAAGAAAGUAAAUGGGGAUCAGGUAAUUAAGGGAGAGGAGGACUUCAUGGAUUUGAUGCUAUCCAUUUUUGAUGAAGCAGAUGUAGCCCAAUUAGGUCGAGAUUCUCGUACCAUCAGCAAAGCCACAUGCCUGCUAACAAUGGCUACUCUGCUACAUGGGUUUGAUUUUGCAACUCCUUCAGAUGAACCGAUUGAUAUGAUUGAGAGCAUUGGAUUAACCAACAUUAGAGCCACUCCCCUCGACAUUUUUUAUGGUAUUAAUGUUAGGAAAAGAAAUAUGCUAAGAGAAGCAGACAAGAAGAAAGCAGCACGAGAAGCUGAAGGUGCAUGGCCAGUAAUUGGCCACCUCCAUCUUCUAGGAGGGAGGUUUGUGGUGUCUGAUGUGCUGCCAUUUUUGAGAUUUCUGGAUCUGGGGGGACAUGAGAGGGCAAUGAAGAAGACUGCAAAAGAGCUGGACCUUCUUAGGGCUUCUGGCGUUGUGAAGCUGGGAGAUGAGGAUUUCAUGGAUGUGAUGCUUAACAUUCUUGAUGUUGAUGCAGAAUUAGUUCAAGGUGGAGAUUUUGAUACAAUCGACGAAGUUACAUGCGUGCCUGCAAGCACAGUAAAAAAGAAGAAAGCAGCACCAAAGGCUGGAGGAGCAUGGCCUGCGAUCGGGCACCUCCAUCUGUUAGCAGGGCCGGAAUCCCCCCAUAUAGUACUCGGCAACAUGGCUGAAAAAUAUGGGCCCGUCUUCACCAUGGGCCCCAUUUUCACUAUCAAGAUGGGUGUGCGUCGAGCUUUGGAGACUGUCAAGGAAUGUUUCACCACCAAUGAUAAAGCCUUUGCCGAUCGUCCAAAAACACUUGCUUAUGAGAUUUUGACCUCCGAUGGGACAAUGAUAGGCUUUAGCCCAUAUGGCCCUUAUUGGCGUCAAGUCCGCAAAAUAGCCACCGUUGAGCUUCUAUCAACGUACCGGCAAGAGAAACUGAAAGAUGUACGAAAGUAUGAGAUAAGGGCAUGCCUGAAAGAGAUGUACAAUUUAUGGGGCGAGAAUAAAAGGAGUAUAUUAAAUAACAAGGCAUUGGUGGAAAUGAAGAGAUGGUUUGGAGAUCUAACAUUAAAUAUCAUUCUCCGAACAAUUGUUGGAUCUUGUUGA